AGGUGUGCCAGGUGGAAACCCAGGGAUCGGCAACUGUGAACAUCUGUAGACAGCCACAUCUUGCUGAACAGGAAAGAGCUGACGGGUCCCCAUCUGCUUUCUUUGAGCGAGUGCCUUCCCCCUGGUUUGGCUUCCUGCUCCAGGAGUGAUCCACUCCACUGUCAGCAUGCCCACCCAGCUGGAGAUGGCUAUGGACACCAUGAUUCGCAUCUUCCACCGGUACUCUUGCAAGGAGGGGGACAGGUUCAAGCUCAACAAGGGGGAGCUGAAGAUGCUGUUACAGCGAGAACUCACAGAGUUCCUCACAUGCCAAAAGGAUCCCCAGUUGGUGGAUAAGAUAAUGCAGGACCUGGACGCCAAUAAGGACAACGAAGUGGAUUUUAAUGAGUUUGUGGUCAUGGUGGCAGCUCUGACGGUUGCGUGUAACGAUUACUUUGUAGAGCAACUGAAGAAGAAAGGCAAAUAAAGAUGGCUAGUACGCUAGCAGAUGGCAGAAACA